ACUCUGUCCAGUUCUGGGCUCUGCAAAUACAAGACCUUGACCAACUAGAUUGAGUUCAACAGAGCACAACCAAGAUACCGAGAGAGCUGGAACAUUCACAGUAUGAAGGGAGGCUUAGGGAAGGGGAACGGCCUUCCCAGCCUGGAGAAAAGGUGACAUGUGGGAGCAAGAGGCAGCUAAUAGCAGCAUUCUGGUAUCUGCAUGGUGAUUACUGAGAAGAUGGAAUCAGGCAUAGUGGUGCACAGUGGGAGGACAAGAAGCAACAGGUGCAAAGUGGAGCAAGAAAGGUUCAGGUCUGAUAUAAGCAGAAAUUUUUUCAUGGUAAAGAGAGCUAAGCAUUAAUUGGAACAGACGACCCUGAGAAGUCAUGCAGUCUUCAUCCUUGGAGGUUUUCAAGGCCAGACUGGAUAAAGCCCUGAGAUGCCUGAUCUGACCUCAAAGCUAAACCUGAUUUGAGCAGGAGAUUGGACAAGAAAAACCUCCCGCAAUCUGUUCUGACCUGAAUUAUUCUAUGAUCCUGUAUCUUAUACUCUCAUGUUUUCUGAAGUUUGGCCCCCUGCUGCCAUUGCACAUCCUUUUCUUUACCUGAAUACCUUUCAAAUAAACAAUAUGCUUCUAAUUAUUUUUUGACCGCUGCUCCCUGUUGCACCACAUCUAUACCAAAAUUAUAGGCAAUUGCAGUCCUACAUGAUACUACUGAUACUGUUACCUAGGUCUGAGUAGCCUUGCUUCCCAAAACUUACCUGUCACUAUUCUGGACUCUAUUCUGUCCUUGAUUCAUCUACCCUACUAUAAUUAAGGAUAUUCUUAUGCACUGAUAUUUUACAUACCAGAUCAGCAGAGUACGCCUUGCGUUCUUCCAGUAUCCCCUAAAACCCCUCCAUCAUUAAGUUUCUGUUCUGCUAGUGGAACAGAUAGUUACACUGUAGCUGUUACUGCAUCAGCUCUGUCCUGCUUUCUUUGACAGACUAUCCUUGUGCUUCUGCAGUUUAUUUCACUGCUCUAACAUCAUGCCACCAUUUUCAAUUAUACCUUCCUCAGAAUUUCUUUUCUCUCUCAUUUGCAACCCUCAUGCCCGCAUAUACUGUGAAAUAAACAUGCUUUCACAAUGUCUCAUGAUCUCCUGAACGAAACUGUACUGUCAGCAUCUGUUCUUUAUUGUUCUUCUUACUGAUAACUGGUUUUAGUUCCUCCAAUAAAAUUAAAACAUACACCUUGUGUCAAUGACCCUGUGGUCUUGAACUUUGGAGCAUAAAUGCUUGUAAAACAACACACAUCUCCUUCCAUUUCAGAAGAAGCUGAUGCGUGGGAACUGAAAUAAUUGAAAUAAUGUGUGGGAGUUCUACUGACUACCUUUCCCAUCCCCCUCCAUCUUCUCCUGAAUCAGAGAUGACCUCUGACAAGGAGCAUCUCCUUUGAUGUUUUGCUUCAGUAAGUUACAACAAACCUUUGAACAGUGAGAAUCUUGUUUAUUUCUGGACACGUGUUUCUAUAAAAAGCUUCCCAAGAGGCACGAAGGCUAUCACAAUCAGCCAUCCUGAAUCAUCUGGACAAAAUAUGGAAUUCGUUGGCAUAGAUAUUUAUUUCUUCAUUCUCUUCACCAUCACUGCUCUUUGGAAUGCAGGAGCUCAAGAUUCUUGCUCACACCAAUGUGGGGAGCUGCUUGGUACCUGUUCUUGCCAGGUGACAUGCCAGUCCUUGGGAACUUGCUGUCCCGACUAUAAAGAAUUCUGUCUUCAAAUUUCUCCACACUCAGGAUCUCUGAUGGGAGGCAAAGACUUUUUGAUUGAAAACACAGCUUUUAAUGCCUCUUCUGUGAUAACGUGCAGGUUCAAGCAGAAAAUCAAAACCAGUGGCUAUGUUGCUAAGGAUGGAAAAGCCCACUGCAUCUCCCCACUGCUGUAUGAGACUGGUUUCAUCCCUUUUGAAGUUUCUACUGAUGAUGGGCUGACGUUCCCAUACUCCGGAACUUGGUUAUCAGUACAUCACAGCAGAAUUUCGGAUAAAGAAAAAUGCACAUUGGUAAAUGAGACAAAAUGGCAAUACUAUGGGACCCCCAGCACUGAUGGAAACUUAACUCUUACCUGGACACACCAGGCACUUGCAGCAACCCAUAUCAACAUAGAAGUCUGGGGAUACCAGGAAUCAGGUGACAGUUACUCAGAAAACUGGCUGGCUGAAUGGAAAUAUCUUUAUACCUUGGCAAGAGAAAUCCCCAAUACUGGGAAAUUCUCUUUCGUUCCUGUACCUGCUAAAGGAAAUUACAGUACAUGGGACUUUGGAAUUUUGAGAAUUACAUCCAGCAACUAUUCUGAUGGGCAGAGCAACAUUCCAUCAGUCUGGAGCCAAACACAUGCAUUGGCUUGGCACCUUGGAAACGACUUCAGAAAUGACCCAAAUGCAUGGGCAACUGCAAAAUGUACAGAAUGGGACAGAAAGGAGGAGAAGCUUCCAAGCUUUAUAGAAGAAAUUACCGAUUGCCCUUGCACCCUGGCACAGGCAAGAGCUGACACUGGCAGAUUCCAUACAGAUUAUGGCUGUGACAUUGAAAAGGGGAGCGUGUGUACUUACCACCCUGGCGCUGUGCAUUGUGUAAGAGCUGUUCAAGCCAGUCCCCAGUAUGCAGCAGGACAGCAGUGUUGCUAUGAUUCCACAGGGACCCAAAUCCUCACGCAUGACUCCACAGGAGGCAGCACACCUGAUCGAGGCCAUGACUGGGGUUCACCACCUUUCAUGAAGCCUCCCCGGAUACCUGGCUUUUCCCAUUGGCUUUAUGACGUCAUUAGCUUCUAUUACUGCUGCCUGUGGUCUGAUAAUUGUCACCUCUAUAUGAAAAGGCGGCCCUCCAGUGACUGCAGGAUGUAUCGCCCACCUCGAGCUGCAUCUGCUUUUGGGGAUCCUCACUUCUUUACAUUUGAUGGUCUGAACUUCACCUUCAAAGGCCAGGGAGAAUAUACGCUGCUAGAGUCUGAUCUCACAUCCCUAAGAGUGCAAGGGAGGACACAGAAGGCACACUUUCCCAAUGGAACUGAGGCUCAGGUGACAGGCUUGUCUGCAGUGGCCAUGCAGGAGAACAACUCAGAUGUGAUCGAAAUCCGUUACUCGGAGAAUCUGAAUCUGGAGGUCCUGUUGAACCAGAAGGUCAUCAGCUUCUCUGAGCAAAGCUGGAUGGACCUGAAAGGUCUCUUUCUCCAUUCUACAGCUGAUCAAAACAUCACAGUUAUGUUCUCUUCUGGGUCUGGAGUAGAAAUAAGGGGAAGUGGAGGAUUGCUGACCCUGACAGUUCUGCUCCCAGAUAAGUUUAUGAAUCACACACAGGGUCUCUUCGGGGUAAUGAAUGGCAACAUAGAGGAUGAGUAUACCUUCAAGAAUAAAACCUCCAUGUCAAUUCAUGCAAGUCCCCAGCAAUUGUUUGAGUUUGGAGCUAACUGGGCUGUUGAAAAUGGAACUUCUCUCUUUACUUAUGACACAGAGUUCUUACUGAACAGUUUCUUUUAUGGGGAAAAGCACAAUGCUUCCUUUCUGCCCGUGUUCAUUCCUAACGAAGACCCUACUGAUCCCCUGCUGAAAGUGAUGGUCUUGCUCUGUGACUCUGACCCGUUCUGCAGAUUCGAUGUUCUGACAACAAGAAGCCUUCAAGUGGGAAUUUCCACAAGACUAUCUCAUCAGAAUCACAAGCUGCUGGUAGAAGAUCUAGAGCCAGUGAUCUCUUGUGGCUGGCUGGAUCAUCCAACCAAUGGAAGAAAGAAUGGAACUACCUACCUGCUGGGCUCAACCAUAAGCUUCAUCUGCAAUCAGGGCUAUGAACUCAUUGGGUCAAAGGAAAGAAUUUGCCAGGUGACGGGGGUCUGGUCUGGAGACACACCCAGCUGCAUCCCAAGAACAGAUAUCAAACAAGUAAUUCUUCUUGCCUGUGUGUUUGGAAUAGUUGGUCUUGCAGUCCUGACACGUCUGACUUUCUUAUGUAGAAAGGAGAGACAAAAAGGCAACCAGAAACUUGUUUCAGAGGUUCCAGCUGUAUCUGACUGAAGAAGAAACAAUGAAAUUCCAGAGGAGUUUUUAAUGAAAUACAGAAAAAGCAUAGCAGAGGAUUAAAUCGUCCACAGCAACAAAGAUAGACUUUCCAAACACAAACAAUGGUUUUAUAUAGUAUGCUAUCAUUUGAUUUCUGCUUUCACAAUAGUGAGUGUUGAAUUGUAUGGGAAAUGCUAACCAACUUUCUGGGAUUAUACCAUGGCAGGCUCAGCCUAUUGUCUGUCACGAGCAAAGGAUCAUGCUUCUAAAAGUAUCAGUCUCAAAAUUACAGGCAUUAGUUUCUUCUAACAGUCACAUCUCUGCCAUCAGAAUCAGCAUUCUGAGAAAAUCAGGAGAAAAUGAAGUGCAGAUUUCUCCACCCUUUUCUUCUUUUACUUGAAAGCUGGUAAAAUAAAAAGAAUUCUAGCCUACUAUGCUAGCCAUUAUCAGAGAAACAUUUGCCUUCCCUGGGGCCAUGUAAGGCUGAAUUAGGUAGAUGUAAAAGUGGUUGCACAAUCAGAUGGACCACUGGCAAGUCGGGUUGAAUUUGCAGAUUGUUGGGUUAGGGAGAGUUAUUGAUGAUAUUUACACCUUGCAUUCUUAUAUUUUGGCAGGUCUCUGAAUACAGACCGAAAGUGGCAUUUCUGUUUCAGUUCUGACCUAAUUUUAAAAGGAUACAAUUGGGCGAGAGGAAGGGGAAGUACUCAGCAAAUGAAACCUUUCCUUCCAGGUUAACUAUAAUGAUUUUUUA